CGCCGCUGUGACCCGUGGUAACCCGGUCCGACCUCACCGGCGGCACCAUGACCUCCUCUGCGGACGAGUCGGCGUCCGCGGAGCGUCACGAGCGUCGCUCCAUCUCGUCGCUGUUCAGCUCGCGGCGCGUCUCCUCCGGUAAGCUGGCGCCGACGCUCAUCGUCAACGACGAGCUACAGUUGGAGCAGACGGCUGCCGACGGUCGCAGCCUGCACUCGUUCGGCUGCCUGGCCAGCCGGAACGGCAGCGUGCUGGGCAGUCCGACACUGCACCCGCGCCACGACUCGCACCGUGGCCGCCUCACCAGUAGAGGGAACAGUAAGGACCAGCCAAAGCUCAGCUGCUGGCAAAGGUUCAAGAAGGCAAUAUUUUCGAAAGCAACAAGAAAGCUGCUAUGCGGCAUUGUCGUGGCGGCCUUGGUCACGAUAUCGUGGGUGGGCACCAACCACUUCAUCAAGAUGACCUACUACGGCGGCCAGGUGCCGCAGCUGCCCAACACCACCAACAGCAUCCUCGAGGUCCUGCAUCAGGGAGCGCCGUACGACGCGCCGUUCUUCACCACGUGGUUCUGCACCACUUGGACCACCCUGGUCUUCCCCAUCUUCUCGCUGCUUCAGUGCAUCAACUGCACGGCCAAGGAGGAGCCGGCAGCCAGCGAGGUGGUCGACGCCAUCAGAUACUUCCGCGACCGCGGGUACACGCUCGGUCAGUUCAUGCUGCGCACGUUCCUGUUCUGUCUGCUGUGGGUCGUCACCAACUACCUGCACGCGCAGGCCCUGCGAGAGCUGACCUGCACGGACGCCAUAGCACUCUUCUCGACCAGUCUGGGCUUCGUGUACCUGCUCUCGUGGGUGGUGCUACACGAACAGUUUGUCGGCGUCAGGAUCGUGGCUGUGAUCAUGUGUAACACCGGGGUGGCACUGCUCGCCUAUAUGGACGGUAUCGCCAAGACGCCCACCCUGGGUAGCGUCGUCAUGGGAGCCACGGGCGCCGCCGGUUCAGCGGCGUACAAGGUGUUCUUCCGUAAGGUGAUGGCCGACUGCGGGCCCGGUCCGGUGAGCGUCUUCCUGAGCCUGAUUGCCCUCAUCAGCACCCUGCUGCUGUGGCCGGUGGCGCUGGCGCUCUCACUCUCCGGGACAGAGGUAGUCACCUGGACCCAGCUGCCCUGGCUGGAGCUGUGUGGCGCCGCCGGACUCGGGCUAGCGGGAAACCUUCUGAUCAGCUUCGGCGGCCUGGUGACCUACGACUUCUUCGUCAGUCUCGGUCUGAUCCUGGCCGUGCCCCUCAGCGCCGCGAUCGACAUGCAGUGGUACAAUGUCGACUUUGAGGACAUGCGUCUGGCUGGAAACGUACUCAUCGUCUGCGGCUUCUUCCUGGUACUGUUCCCCAGCAACUGGCCUAACUACAUCCGCAGCGUCAUCAGGUGGGGCAGGCGCCACCACAGCGGCAGCUCUCGAGACCAGCCGGAGCCGGUGGACUACCGUACGGGCAUCAUCUCCAGGUCACAUCUGCGCUCACCCUCCGGGCAUGUGCGGUGA